GAGAAAUCGAUUGAGAUGCGGAAAACGGUGCUACCUCACGCUGGAGCUGCUAAAUAACACCAAAAAACAAACCAAUAAACAGACUGAGAGCCGAGUGAUGGUUCUGUGGACUCGCAGUGCUGCCGCUGUAGAGCGCUAAAGGAGAGCCAUCCGGCGCCACCAUGUCGUUUGCCUGCACGUCUGCCUUCACCGCGCUGCCUGGAGGAAGUGACCUCACUGGGACCACGGUGUCCAGCCACACGGCGGACCGGACUGUGUACACAUCGGAGCGCCAUGCCUGCCUGCUGCUCUCGCACAUCAACAGGCUGCGCCUGCGCUCGGACUUCUGCGACGUCCGGCUGCUGGUAGGCGGGCGUGUGUUCCAGGUCCACCGGCUGGUUCUGGCGGCCAGCGGGCCGUACUUUAGCGCACUCUUCUCUGGAGGGAUGAGUGAAGCUCACGAGGAGGAGGUGCACAUAGCUGGAGUGGAGGCCGAGGUGUUUGAGGUGCUGCUGGAGUUUAUUUACACAGGCUCCAUCGAUGUCACGGUGGAGAACGUGCAGGAGCUGAUGGUGGCUGCAGAUAUGCUCCAGCUCAGUGAGGUGGUGGCCAUAUGUGGAGAGUUCCUGCGUGGUCACAUGGAGCCGUCCAACUGCAUCGGCAUCUACCAGUUCCUGGAGCAGAUCGGCUGCCUUGACCUGCUGGAGUUCACCGAGAACUACGUCCACGUCCACUUCCUAGAGGUGUGUGUGUCGGAGGAGUUUUCCAGCCUGUCUAAAGACCAGCUGGUGCGUCUGCUGCGCAGUGAAGAGUUGCGUAUUGAGGACGAGUACCAGGUGUUCACAGCGGCGAUGGACUGGCUCCUCCACGACGUUUCACACAGAAAGAAACACGUGGUGGAGGUUUUAGAGCCCGUCCGCUUCCCCCUGCUGUCGCCUCAGAGACUCUUCAAAUACAUCGAGGGUAUUUCAGACUUCAGCCUGCGGGUGGCGCUGCAGACGCUGCUGAAAGAGUACACUGAGGUCAGCAAGUCUCCCAAAGAAAACAAGACACUGAGCCUCCUACAGCCGGCCAAAACACGGCCGCGGAAGAAAGCACGGAAAUACCUCUAUGCCAUCGGAGGCUACACUCGUCUGCAGGGCGGUCGGUGGAGUGACAGUCGUGCUCUGAGCUGUGUGGAGCGUUUUGAUUCGUUCAGUCAGUUCUGGACCACCGUCUCCUCCCUGCACCAGGCCCGCAGCGGACUGGGCGUGGCCACGCUGGAGGGCAUGAUCUACGUGGUGGGAGGUGAGAAGGACUCGAUGAUUUUCGACUGCACUGAGCGCUACGACCCGGUGACCAAGCAGUGGGCAGCGGUGGCCUCUCUGAACUUCCCGCGGUGUGGGGUCGGAGUGUGUCCCUGCCACGGAGCGCUUUACGCCCUCGGCGGCUGGAUCGGCUCUGAAAUCGGAAAAACAAUGGAGCGGUACGACCCGGAGGAGAACAAAUGGGAGGUUAUCGGGAACAUGCCGGUGCCGCGGUAUUACUUCGGCUGCUGUGAGCUGCAGGGCUUUAUCUACGUGGUCGGGGGGAUCAGCGAUGAGGGGACGGAGCUCCGCUCGGCGGAGGUGUACGACCCGAUCUCCCGGCGCUGGAGCUCUCUGCCCGUCAUGGUGACCCGCCGGGCGUAUGUGGGCGUGGCCAGCCUCAAUAACUGCAUCUACGCGGUGGGGGGGUGGAACGAGGCGCUGGGGUCACUGGAGACGGUGGAGAAGUACUGUCCAGAGGAGGAGAAGUGGGUGGAGGUGUCCCCCAUGUCAGUGGCCCGGGCGGGUGUUAGCGUAGCGGCCGUGAACGGGCUGCUCUACGCCGUCGGAGGCCGAGCGUCCAGCAGAGACUUCUCAGCUCCGGUCACUGUGGACUCGGUGGAGAUUUACGACCCACACCUGGACACCUGGACCGAGGUCGGCAACAUGAUCACCAGCCGCUGCGACGGGGGCGUGGCCGUGCUGUGACUCAGCAGAUUAUUAAUAUUAAUAUUUUAGAGCGACGGUUUGGACAAAAAUCAAAUGUCCAGUUUCCUCUCUGUCCCUGAAUGUGGUCAGCCAGCCAAGACGCAUUUGGUGUCUGAGUUUACGCCUGUAGUUUAGCUACAGGGCUAAUGUAGCUGUACCCCACCAAUUAGCACGGUGCUAACGGUAUGGAGGAUCUCAGCAUCUCUAAUAGACUGGAUGAUGUGGUUUCUGACGCUGUGUUGUCUACAAACAUGGACUAAAGGCUGUGUAGCUCCAGUUAGCACCAUGCUAAUUGGUAGGUUAUAAGCUUUUUAUUACGUUAGCUACAUUAGCCUUGUAACCUCAGUUAGCACCAUGCUAAUUGGUAGGUUACAAGCUUUUCA